AUCAAUGAUGGCAAAGAUUGUGUUUACAUGAAAAGUGCUGUGGUUGUUUGACAGAUGCGUAGUAACAAGAUCAGCAAUGGAUACACUAGGAAUUAUAUUUGAGCUCCAGUGGAAAAAGAAACAAGGUGUCGCAGGCAGUGGAGAAGAUAUCGCAAGUAUUGGAAUAUGGGAUAUGCCAGAUGCAUCACUCGACUGGAUGAGUUUCAAAUCUUAUUUGUCUCAAAACUUAGGAACAGCAGAGGACAUCAAUUUCUCUUACGUAGACAGUGAAGGAGAUGAGAUUCCAAUACAAAGUGAAUGUGAAUUCCAAGAGGCAUUAAAGUUUGCUCGUCAGAGGGCUCGCCGAGGGAGAGGAAUUGUCUUGAAGCUAGACAGACCUAAUGUAACAGAUAAUACCAUUCAAAACACCCAGACAGAAACUUCAGUGCAGGGUGUCACAGCAAAAUUUUCAAAACUUGGUGUUGUACGUCGACAUGAAAAACCAAAAUCUGCUAAGCCAGCCAGCACACGACCAGCUGCUAAAAUACUUGCACCCGUAGAAAAAGCAAAGCGCAUAGUUGCAGCUGUAGGGUCAACACAGCCACCAAAGAGCAACAAAAUUAACUCAGAGGAGAUCAGGGAUGAUAUUCCACCCUUGUGGUUCAAAAGGUACAUGCACAAGAUGAAAGGUGAAAUAGUAGCAGAAGUUACUUCACAGGUAACAUAUGAACUUCAUCAAGCUAUAGUUGACCUGAAGAAAACCUGGCACAGUUCAGAAAAAACAUCAGCUUCUAUAGAUGCAUCGUGCACAAAGAAGAAGAAAAAGAAGAUAUCUGAUGAAGAAUCAUCAGAUGCAAAUGUUGUUGAGCAGAGAGAGUACAAGCUUCUGAGAAAAAUUGAAAAACUCCAAAAAAGAGAGAAACGGCUUGAGAAGAAAUUGGAUGCAAAAUUAGAAAAGCUGGAAAAUAGAACAAAACGAAUGCUUGAAAAAAAGUCGCAUUCAAAAUCACGCAGCGAAACUUUACCUGAGAAGAAAUCAUUAAAUAGGAAACGAGUGGAUGUUCCAGUUGGUACAUACUUAAUGGAUGCUGUUCUGUUAAAUGUUGGAUCAAAACCAGAUUUACACAUCAAGCUUGGAGAAUCUUUUACAAAAGUUUGGGAGAUCAUGAACACCGGCACACUGCCAUGGACAGAUAAGACGGAGUUGAGAUUGGCUUGGGGAACAACUGGCUUGGAACCACAAGUAACUACUGUUAAAUGUCCUGCUCUUGAACCUGGGGAACGUGGACAAAUAUGUGUUACAUUUAAAGCACCAGAAUUUGCUGGAACUUUCGAAUCUUACUGGCACUUCUACCAUAUGGGUGUUCGAUUUGGGCACUGGAUAAGCUGUGCUAUUAUUGUUGACCCAAAUGAUGAACCUCAGAAUAUUUACAGUGGAUGUGAUAGCGGCCCUGCAACAGACAAUUUUCUUGAAAACUUUGAUAAUAAAUCCAGGAAUGAUCAUGCAGUUGACCUUACAGUUCGAUCAAAAUGUGAUGAAAUAUUUGAGUCUGCUUCAUUGCCAAAGUGUGAAACUGUAUCUUCUAAUGUCAUGAACAGUAAUGAGAAUCAGAAAAAUCCUGAAUAUGAGAGUGAUUCUGAAUCCGAUAAUAUGAGUAUUGUUUCACACACCAUAUCAGUUACUUCAGAAUCAGGAGAUGAAGAUAAAUUUGUUGUUGUUUCCAUGCCAGCUUCAUCAACAACUGAAGACAAUUGCUGUGCUGCCAGUGACUCAAGUGAGAUGGUAUUAAUAAACCCUGAAAGUUCUACCACGACAACAACAGUGGCAACAACAACAGCAACAACAACAAUUGUCACAACAGCUGCAACAAGUAUAAUGUCAACUACUAGCACUACCCCUAUUGUAUCAACAGCCAGUGCUGCCAGUUGUCUUCACCCAAAAAAGAGUGGAACUGAAGCUAUUCAGGCAAGACAGCAGAAAAAAAUGCCUAUGGAAGACCAGUCAGCAGAUUCCUCCACAAGUGAGAAACAACUCAGUGAUAUGGCACAAAGCUCUAACGCUACUGUGAAUGCAGAAUGUGGUGCCUCACAGUUCAACCUUAAAAAGGAAUUAAUGCAGCCGUCACAGAAGUCAAAGGUUUAUUCUACCUUUGAUUUGCCCCAUACUUUGAAAAAUAAUGGAAACUUGAAGAACAUAAUUUUUGCUGUUGAUACAAGAGGAAAAACUGUACCUAUUAAAGUAACAAAUAGACCCAAGAAACUUAACGUAAAUAAUCAUUCAUCACUAUCUUCAAAUGAUAGUAAAGCCAGUUCAGAUGAACAAGUAGCAUCAAUGGAGAACUGUGAAGAAGCAAAUGCUGAAAUGAACACGACUACCACAAAUCAUGUGCAUGAAUUCAGAUAUGAAGCACCACUGCAUCAUGCAUCUCAAAACGACAGUGAGCAUUCUCAGCCCACAAGUCCUAAACGUGAAGCACAGAGUUCGUUAACUGAAAACAGUGCAAAUAUUAUUCACAUUCUGCCUGAGACAUUAAUGACUGGUGCCGUGAAUGUUGCAACAUCAGCAUUCAGUACUGCUAAAGCCGUAAUAAGCAAUCUUCGCACAAUUCCUGCAAGGACUGCGAACAAUGCAUCCUGGGAAGCAGGGGCACCACCUCAUUCUUCAGAUACUGGCCUCACCACUUCACAGUGCAUGGCAACACUUACUGAAAUGGGCUUCACCAACAAGGAACUAAAUCUUUCACUAUUGAAUCGCUGUGAUAAUGAUAUUUCCCGAGUAAUAAGCGUGCUUCUCUCAUAUGGUGAGGAGAACAACAGUAUAGAUUAAAACUUGAGUUUUUUUUUUAAUGAGUUAUUGAAUUGUUUGUAAGUAUAGCUUUGACUUCAUUUAUGUAUGGCAGGAAAUAGUUAUGGCUAAGUAUAGUAAAACGUGUGUAAACAUGUAUGUUUCAAACUUUGAAACUUUCUCGAAGUGAAAAUUAUUGUAUAUGCCAUGUUCCCUUUAAAACAGAAUAUUUACUUCUAAUGUAAAUCGUAUGUAGUGGUGGUUUCUUUGCCCUCUCUGAUGAUCUUUGAUGUGUAUUUAAACUUGUAUAUUGAUUGGUAGUGUAGCAACACACAAAAUAAUAUCAGAAAUAUUUCCUUCUCCUUCUGAUAUCCCUGUGUUACUGCAGUUCAUUUGUUUUUGCCUCUAUGUGUAGUCAAUAUUUACAGGAAAGAAAUGUAUUAAACAAUGUGUGUCAAGUAGUUUGUAUGUGAGGAUAUAUCAUUUCUCUUCAAGUGGAAGAGCCAAGCAGUGGAUAGAUUUGUAAAAGGCUCAUAAAAUGCUCAGCUUUUGGACAAAGCCCUUCUUCAGAGAGAGCAGCUUUAUUUUCUUCCAGUGUUACAGCUAGACUGAUAUCUCCUAAGUGUUAAUUUCCAUUUGAACUUGUGCCUGUGUGCUUCUCACCCAUUGCUGGUUUUAUUUUCUGCUCUUUGUAAAGAAUCAAGUUAGUUACAAUCAUUACUGCCAGAGUGGACAUAAUUUCAUACGAAAAAUUAAUCUUCUGUACUGUUGAUUGUAACAGUUUAUAUGACUGGAAUGAAAGCUGCAACAAAUGUUACAGUUAAUUUUUAAUAUUUUGUGCUUGCCUACAGGUCAAUAAAAUGUCUUUUAUCAUCUCUCUGUAAGACCAGGAGGGAAAGGAAGGUGUAAUAUAUGGAAGAUAUUUUCAAAGAAAAACGUUAUGAUCUUAUUCAUGUAUUUGUAGAUGGUGCGCAGUACUUCUGAUUGUAUGUUAUGCAAACGUCAUCAGCAUUUGAAAAUGUUAUGAUUAAGGUUGGUUGUGUAGCUAUUAAUAAUUUUUUUGUGGAUUUUAUGGUUAUCUAUUGAAAUUUGUGAUGAUCUGACUUUUAAUAGUUGAGAUUCUGUGAUAAUUCUUGAUCACUUCUCUUGUCAUAGUGGUAGUUUGUAGUUUAUAACAGCUGGACCGUAGGUACAUUAUCAUAAUGCUUUCUGUAAAUUAAAUGGUCGUAACUGAAGUAAAUAUGAAAAAUUCAGACAUCAAAUUCUCUGUCUAUUGUUUUAUUAAUACAAUGAAGUAUUCUAAAUAGUCCAAUUAGAGCUAUUAACGCUAUGGUAGGACAAUUCCAGUUGUAGUAGACAUAUUUCCAACAGUUAGUAGUUGUUGCAACUAAUAAUCAUAUCCAUUACUUAGAAUGAAACCAUUUCAUUUGCAUAUUAUAAUUCAACAGUAUUGCAAUUCAAAUUGACAUACAAUUUGCCAUCCUUCUGCAAUAUACAUGUGGAUUAGUGGCAGCAUACAUAGUUUUAGCAAAUAGUUUAACACUCUGCAGGUAUCAGUACCAAUUCCGAGAAACACAACGUGUAGAGUAACUUUUACUUACAAAUUAUCAAUGUAUGUGAAUUGUAGUAUAAAUUAAAUUGUAUCAUUAGAUAGUAUAAUGUAGAUAUUUUCUUUUACAGCUAUAAGUUUCAAAAAUAAAAAAAUAAAAAUUCUUUUGUGUUUGAGUAACAGCUGCCAUUAAAGAUUUGAUAAAUUAUCAUCCAGAAUUAGGGAUUAACUACGUAGGCAAUGGAUUGGCUUUAUGAAGUAUUGAAGUAUUUUAUUCUGAAUAUAAUACUCUUCAGAGUAUUAUUUUGGAAAUAAAUCUUCUUGAUGAUCUAUUUUAAAUUGAUCAAUGAACCACUGAAACACAAUAUGAAUUAGCUCUGUGGGUUUAUAACACUUACUUUCAACUACAAAGAAACACACACACACACACACACACACACACACACACACACACACACAAAGAGAGAGA